CAGCGGGAUGACUCGGUGCUGGGAUUGUCAGGGCUUUCUAUGUUAAUUAGUCACCAAACAUGUGACUUUAUCACGACAGUGAGAAGAAGAGAAUUCGUGUGUGUGUGUGUGUGUGUGUGUGUGUGCCUGUCACGACAAGAGGACUUUUGUUGAAUUCUCCUGGUUUCUAAGCAGAAGAGCAUGGCGUGUAGUUCAGCUCUCAGGUGUUUCCUGGACUACUCCACCGCUAAGGUUCUGGUGAUUCAGAGUAACAAAGUGGGCGCGAUUUACCGCCUGAGCCAGGCUCUGGUUAUAGCGUAUAUUGUAGGAUAUGUAUGUGUUCUGAAGAAAGGCUACCAGGACACAGACUCCAUCCUCAGCUCAGUCACUACCAAAGUAAAAGGCCUGGCACUGAUCAACACAACGGACUUGGGCCUACGGAUUUGGGACGUGGCCGACUACGUUGUGCCCCCUCAGGAGGAAAAUUCCUUUUUUGUGUUGACAAACCUGAACAUUACACCAAACCAGACACAGUCACAGUGUCCUGAGAAUCCUGGAAAUGAAACAUUAUGUGUCUCAGAUCAAGACUGUAAGAGAGGAUUUCAUGACAGUCGGCGAAAUGGUGUGCAGACAGGCAGGUGUGUGAACUUCUCAGAGACAGAGAAGACGUGUGAGGUGUUUGCCUGGUGUCCUGUGGAGAAAGACAACAGUCCCCCAAACCCUGCAAUGCUAGCAGAAGCAGAAAACUUCACUGUCUUAAUAAAAAACAGCAUUCGAUACCCCAAAUUCAAUUUCUCCAAACGAAACCUACUGCCCCAAAUAAACAGUACCUACUUGUCGGCAUGUGUGUUUAACCGUAAAACAGAUCCAGACUGCCCAAUCUUUAGACUUGGAGACAUUGUAUCUGAAGCCAAUGAGGAUUUCCAGACCAUGGCAGUUCAGGGGGGUGUGAUGGGAGUGCAGAUCAGCUGGAACUGUGACCUGGACUUGUCUGAGAAAUCAUGUGUUCCACAAUAUGCAUUCCGCAGGUUGGAUGAUAAGGACCCUGACAACAUUGCCCCAGGAUACAACUUUAGAUUUGCAAAAUAUUACAAAAACGCAGAUGGCCAGGAGAUCAGGACUUUAAUCAAAGGAUACGGCAUCCGUUUUGAUGUUAUGGUCUUUGGAACUGCAGGGAAAUUCAACAUUAUCCCAACACUGCUUAAUAUCGGGGCUGGCUUGGCACUCCUUGGCCUGGUGAAUGUGGUGUGUGACUGCAUAUCUCUGACUUUCAUGCAAAAAAGACACUAUUACAGAGAACAGAAAUAUACUUAUGUCAAUGACUAUGAGACUUUGUCCAGUGAUGUUCCAUAAAAGCCAUGCUGUCAUGACAUGAAGAUGUGCCAGAUGCCAGUUUACUAAUGUUUGUAUUUUAAUUACUGUGCUAAACAUUAUCAUACUUGCAUAUAUCAAUUAAUUUAAAUGUAAAUGAAGCUACUGUAAAAUCAGUUUUAAUACUUAAUGCUGAUCAAGUGUGUAAAUCUUGCAGACUGUAUAUUUUAGUAUAGUUCCCAUGUUUUUAUUAUGUUUUAAAAAAUUUUAAUUUUUUUAAAUUAUUAUUAUUGUCUGUGAGGGACGUUCAAGUCAAACUGGGAUUUUUGAUUUGUAUUUUAAAGUUAAAUCCAGAAAUACAUUGUUUAUCAAUUAUUAUUUUGUGGUAAGCUCAAAUGCCAUAAAAAUAUAUAAACAGAGACCAUAAAGAAAACACUUUUCCCUCAGUAGUUUCUCUAUGGAAGUGCCACUACAUCGAUUUUCAUUUCACUUUUUGCACUUCUCCAUAUGACUCAGAUGUGCACUUCAAAAAAUGGAAAUUAUAUAACAAUCAGACAUAAUAUUAAAACCACGUACAGGUGAAGUGAAUAACAUUACUUAUUUUCUUAUAUUAACACCUUUUUAUGUCAGCAAGUAAACAUUCAGUUUACGGUCCAGGACUGUGAUUUCCAUCUACUAAUGAGUAUAAAAUAGAAUGCAUUGCAAUCUGUCUGUCAUUUUUAAAUAGCUAUGCCUUGCUGGUUGAGACAAAGCAACCAUAAGAACAAAAGCAAUUAUGAUUUUGCUUUUCAGUGCAAUUUUGGGUUUUAUUCUUGAAAUAAAUGAAGAGCAAUGACAUUUGUA